AUGGCAGCGGCAGCGGCAUCCUUCCACCCUCGCCCCUCGUUCACUCCCCCUGCCCUCUGCCUCACUCUCUUGCCCUUUGCCUCGCCCUCUGCCCCGCCCUCUCUCCCUUGUCCGCCCCUUGUCCGCCCCUUCGCCUCGCCCCUCGCCCUUCCCUCUGCUCCGCCUUUCACCGUCUGCCCCACCAUCUCGCUGAUCUCGCCCUUUACCCAUCUCGCCUUCUCGCCCUCUACCACCUCGCUCUCUCGCCUCUCGCCCACCUCGCCCACCUUGCUCACCUCACCCCUCUCGCCCCUCUCGCCCUCUCGCCCAUCUCGCCCGUUUCUCCCGUUUCUCCCGUUUCGCCCAUCUCGCCCGUUUCGCCACCUCGCCCGUUUCGCCACCUCGCCCGUUUCACCACCUCGCCCGUUUCACCACCUCACCCGUUUCACCACCUCGCCCGCUUCACCACCUCGCCCGUUUCACCACCUCGCCCGUUUCACCACCUCGCCCUCUCGCCUCUCUCGCCUCUCUCGCCUCUCUCGCCCCUCUCGUCUCUCGCCCCUCUCGCCCCUCUCGUCUCUCGCCCUCUCGCCCCUCUCGUCUCUCGCCCCUCUCGUCUCUCGCCCACCUCACCUUUUCGCCCUCUCGCCCACCUCGCCUGCUCGUCAUCACCCUCUCGUCGGCCCUCUUGUCCACUUCAACCCCUCGCCCACCUCGCCGUCUGCCCUGCCCUCUCGCCCUCGCGCGCCUGUCACUCGCUCUCGCCCUCUGCUUCAUCCUUUGCCCUGGUCAGCACCCCUCCCUCUCAGCAGGGAUGUGGGGUUGCUUUUAUUCAGCACCCACCAACCAACAAGCAGGCCAAGGACGAGCGCGAGCACAAGGAGGGGGGAGCACAAGGGAUGGAAGGGAGGCACAGGAGGAGGGGCAGAGAGCAGGAGGAGGACGGGAGAGCAGGAGGAGGGCGGGAGAGCAGGAGGAGGGGUGAAGAGGAGGACAGCAAGCAAGACGACGCCGAAACGAACGCAAGGGCAACCGGAGGUGACAAAGCCCGGCGCAAAUGCGGUAGUGACACGAACAGGGCAGCAACAUGAGCACGGUGCCGACAGAGUACGGCCGUGGCAGCGGGUGGCCCGCGCACGACGGGAAUGA